GAAACUUCUCUUCUUAGGCGAUAAUCGUUCUACUUGUUGCACAAGAAUUUUCAUGUGUAGAUACUAGUAUAACUGUGCACUACCAGUUGCAUACUUCUUCUUUGCUUUUCUUGUGCAGUGUUAGUAGACUCCAAGCAGUCCUCCACCAAGAAAAAUGUCGACAACUUGCUUCUGCUUCGAGUUCUUUCUCGGUGCCGGUGUUGGUACGACUGUCGGGGUGUACAAGAGCGAACAUUUAAUGCCUGUCUAUGAACAAAUCAUUGCGAAAAGCAAGGUAAAUUUCAGCAUGAUUCAAUUGACGUGAGCUAAACAUGUUUUUUUUGGACUUACUGCCUGAAUGGGUAAACUACUACUAAUGCUACUACUACCACUAUUAAUGUGUGUGGUUGAUAACAUUCUGUCAGCUGAUAUUUUGACAUCACCGAGCUGAAGCUCAAAUAUUUCAAAACAGUAUGCUGCAGUACUAUCAUCUUUCUAAUAUGAUCAUGUGGAGAACGCAUUCGCAGUUUUCAACACACACGAUACUACCUCCUCAUAACAGGAGUACUACGCACUGAUGAAGGAAAAAGUGCAGGAAUUUCGAGAGUCGCAACAAAUUGAUGCCGAAAAAUAUAAGUAGGUGGCAUAUUCGUAUUCGACUUUCGGUUUCGAGUCAUGGAAGCCGGCAGAUGUUUUGGGGUCAUCGACUGGUGUCGGAGGAUCGUUCCCUGAGCAGCAUUGUUCUUAUGAAGGAGAUUACAAAGUAAAACCCUCAAAUAAGUUGAAAUCUUCCCCAGGGGAUCUACAGUAUAACUACAUCUGCUUCUGCACACCCACAUCUUCCACUCGUUUUCAAACCGAGAACGAUGGAUACGAGUAAGUGCCCUAGACGAGGAAGCUGACGCAUCUGAAAAUUAUGAAGCUGAAAGCGCUUCUCCUCUAAUUUGUAGCCGAGAUAAUGGUUGGCGCUAGAAGGGACGAUGGUAUUUUCACGGUUUCUUUUCCUUGCCGAGUCGGACUGCGACACUGGGGUUUACGGCGCCAGUAGAUCCGAUCUGCUUGUUUUAGUUUUAAUCAAUAUUGCACUGGGUCGUGGUUGUGGGGAAAUUCAGAAGAUGAAGAUGAAAAGUGCAGGAUGAUUUCUUUUCUAUGAAUGUAUCGAAAUCGAUCGUGGUUUUUUUUGCUGAGCUUGUAGUUACACGAAUCAAGUAUAGAUACUUACUUACGUACCUCUCUACAACUAUCAUCAAUAGCCCCUGCGUGGUGUCUCCCACACACCAAACAAUACCUCGCGAACAGGUAAGUGAAUGAGUGAAUGAAUGUAUAACUUUCUUGCGCCUCCUUGCUUUAUGAUGACAGAGGGAUGUGCUGAUAGCACACUCCAGCUGUUGAGAAAAAGAAACUCAGUGAAGAACUGAUGGAAGUUCAGUAGGUGAGAUCACUCUACUUUUACAACAAGAGCAACGUUUAUCUACUUAAGUGGAUCGUCUACAACCGUCUGUAAUAUGCUGAACCCCUGAGUACCUCAAGAACGUGAGUCAGAAUGUGUUCAGCAGGAGUUGAAAA